CUGCUUCCUACCUUCGCGAACCUCGGAGCAAGCUUACGGCUACCGUACUACCUACACGGAUGCUGAUUGCGAGCCGAAGCUCUACGGAAUUCGCACCUCGUUAAACCGUGUCUCGCAAACACGAGCGAGUUUCGAAACGAAAGGAGAAGCGAACGCUUAAUACUCGUUCGUCUACUGCGUCCUACGUACAGUGCAAGUCAGAUUAAUCAUUGAUGUCGGAAUAAUUAAAAUUGCUUUCGCUUGUUCUUUCGUGCCUCGAAACGUUGCAUUUACAUUAUUAUAAAACGGAAAGUGAGAUCGCGAUUGAUUUGCCGUGAUUUGGUUCGAUUUGUGCGAAUAUGUUGCUGUGUCCGAGAAUAUCCGUUUUCGAUGCGAUAAUGCGCGAGAUGAGUGGCAAGUGGCAACGUUAGCAGGUAAGAAUUUUUAAUUUCGGUGCAAUGUACGUAUGCACAAACGAGAAGACUGGAUGCUUGGACAAGCGAUGGAACAAGCAGAUGCGGAAAAAGUAAAUGUACGAAAUUACGAGAGACACGACGCACAUGUUCCAUGCUCGAAGAUCGAUGUAACUUGGGCAUCAACCAAACGAUGUUAGAAAAGUGCUGGAGCCUAUGCUAUGAUGCGCUGUAGAAGAGUCGAGAAAAAUACGAGAAGCGAAUAUGGAGAUGCGAUACGCGUGUGUAACAAUAAUUUUGUUAUUGUCGGUGGUUUUGGCGUCGAUCGGGAACGGAAGCGGAAGCGAGAACGCGAACGCGAGCGUAAGCGGCAACGAAGAUUCGGUCGAGAACGUGUUGUUCGAUAAGGGUCGAUGCAUUCUUCCGCUUGGUAUGGAGGAAGGAAAGAUUCCGGAUAACGCGAUCACCGCCUCCUCCAGCUACGAGAGUAAGUCGGUCGGUCCGCAGAACGCGAGAAUACGACAGGAGAAGAACGGUGGUGCCUGGUGCCCGAAAGCGCAAAUAAGCAGCGCGAUACGCGAGUACCUCGAAGUGGAUCUGACGAGGGAUCAUCUGAUAGCGUGGACCGAGACUCAAGGACGAUUCGGGAACGGGCAGGGUCAAGAAUACGCGGAGGCAUUUUUUCUCGAGUAUUGGCGCGAUGCAAAGUGGCACCAGUACAAAAACUUGAGGGGUGAAAAAGUGCUGCGUGGCAAUAGCAACACCUAUUUGGUGGAGAAGCAAAAGCUGGACUUGCCGUUCGUCGCGAGCAGAGUCCGAUUCGUACCGUACAGCCAACAUCCACGGACGGUUUGCAUGCGAGUGGAAAUUUAUGGAUGCAUAUGGGAUCAAUACGUGACAAGCUACAGCGUGGACAAAGCAUCGAGCCCUGGCCCGGAGGGUGCGGACGUUCAGGAUUCGUCGUACGACGGCGUCGAGGAUAUCGAUUCUGUUCUUGCGAACGGUCUCGGUCAAUUGACGGACGGAAUAUUGGGUCGAGUAUCCGAGAUACUCUCGGAGACUACUUCGGAGAAGAGCGAUCGCCGUCGCGGCACUAAUUGGGUCGGCUGGUCCGAACGCGCGACGGUCCAGAUCCUAUUCAAAUUUCGAGAGCUACGACGAUUCGAAAAUUGUUCCGUACACGUCGCUCGUAUUCCGCGACUGGAAGUCGAGACGUUCUCAACGUUACGAAUCUCGUUUUCCGUUGACGACAGCGAGAACCAACCAGGAUCGGAAUCAAAAGCGGUUCAAUCCGAGUUCUCUCCUCCAUCUACGAUCGACGCCGAUUCGGCUACAGCGAUGUCGAUUUCGAUCCCUCUGCACGGUAAGCUCGGACGAUCCGUGAAACUGGAAUUCAUUCCCGCCGCGAAAUGGUUGCUUCUCAGCGAGAUAACUUUCUAUACGGGCGAGGGAAAUCGGUUACGGAAUGACACAGAUGAUUCGGUGGUCUAUGCGGAUCGAGAUGAAAACGAAUGGAGAUCAAAGUCGAUGGGCUCUUUCGACUCGAUCGUUGAUGGUUUCAAUGGGACGGAAAUGUACGAGACUCGUGAAAUUCGGAACUCGACGCCGUCGCAACCGCCGUCGCCCGACGCCUUUCCCGUUGGCAGCUCACAGACUUACAUCGGCCUCGUCAGCGGUUUACUCACCGUUUUGGCCUUCUUUUUCACCUGUCUAGUAUUCCUGUUGAAACAGAGGGGUCGCAAUAAAAUAGCUUUGCUGCAAAAGCAUACGGCGUUACUUUGCGAUACGUCCACUUCUGGUAUCGCAAUAUCAUCGAAACCGAACUCGGUUAAACUUUCCGAUUCGAUCGUAAAUGGAUUGACGCUGAUUCGCAAACCCAUCGCUGUCGCCGUUUUCGAUCGGUCACCGGCAAAUAGACCCAACGAGAUUCCAAGUGCUGGAACGGCGAUCAUCGCCGAUCCCCCUGUCGUCCAAGAUGUACCUCGUCGUUCAUCCGGUCCGUACGAAGAGAACACCUACGACGAUCCAUUCUCUCGACCAAGUAACCCGUCGACUGUUUGCGUUCGUACACCGGACCCGCGUCCUGCUCUGAAAUACAAUUUCGCGACACCAUACUCGACGUCGAAGAAAGCGUUUCAACCUCGAUCGAGGGUGGCAGCGACGACGAUACCGGCGACGACUACGAAGAAUCAGAAAAUUCGCGCGGAAGGAUAUUAUGCGGCGACGGAUAUUUUGACGAUCAAAACGAGAGAAUCUCAGUCGAGCUCGAGCCCGUUUACAACUCUUUACGUUCGGGACAAAGCUGCACGUUUACCCCGUACCACGGAUUCGUGCAACGUUCAACGGGUUUCCAGGCACAGGCUAAGAAUUUUGGAUAAGCUCGGAGAAGGAAAUUUCGGCUUGAUACACUUGUGCGAGGCAAAGGGAAUCGUGGAUCCGGAAAUGGGUACGAUCCAAAAUCGACGGACCGUGCUCGUCAGAUCUCUUUGGCGGGGCGUCGUGGAUUCCUUGAGGUUCGACUUUACGAAAGACAUGCAUGCCUUGUCGACGCUCCGAAAUCGAAACGUUGCAAAAAUGAUGGCUCUCGUGGAAGAAGAACCUUUCGGAGCUAUCUUCGAGUACGGCCAAUUCGGAGAUCUUCCUAACUUCUUGGAGAACCCAAAGAUCGGAAUGUCAAAAGCAGAAGGAAAGGAAAUUAGCUUCAGCCUGCGCUUGAGUUUCAUCAUUCAAAUCGCAUCCGGUAUGAGGUAUCUGGAGUCUAUGAACGUGGCGCACUGUGACUUGGCGGCCAGAAAUUGCAUCGUCGAUCGUAAUUUGACGAUAAAGGUGUCGGAUCAUGCCACGUACUGUACCAAAUACGAUCAUCAUUACCUGAUUGACGGACAAAACGUGAAGAUCCCUCUUCGUUGGAUGGCCUGGGAAGCUGCCCUAUUGGGCACGCGCAGUUGUCGAACGGAUAUUUGGUCGUUCGGCGUUACGGUUUGGGAAAUCUUUCGAAAUUGCGCGGAAAUACCGUACGCCGAUUUAACAGAAACACAAGUCAUGGAGAAUCACGGUCGCUGGUUUCGAGGCGAUGACGGACCACGAAUUCUUGAGCGACCCGAUAUAUGUCCGGAGCACCUCUACAGCGCGAUAACCAAGUGUUGGAGUAAACGAGCCGAAGACAGACCCAGCUUCGAAGAGAUCUACCUGUAUCUCGAGAAACUAAGUCACGACCUCGACUAAACUUUCGAGCCACGUGGACCAAUUCGGUUACGAUCAGCCAGAAACUGUUCUUUACGGAAACUUCAUCCCUAAUUCCUCUGUCUUCUCUUCUUCCGCUUCCCAGUUUCUUUUCCUUUUUUUGCACCGCUUCGGUCUAUACAAUCUAUCUUUCUUCGCAGGAUUAUUUCUUCUCCUUUUCCCUUGGUCCAGGGAAGAAAGAAAAGCGUUCGAAUCGCUUUGGUCACUAACUUUUAAUGCUCAAUUAGUCUUAUAUGUAUGCUAUCGAUAUGCACUCACGGAACGAAACGAUAUUCUCAUCUUUUUAGAAAUGACAUCGAGGCACUGUAUACUGUAUAAAGCGUGGCAAUCGAUGCCAUGAUCGCUCGGCUUCGACGUCCUUGCGAACAGGUAUCGUCGUUCCGAUCGCGUUGAUUCAGGUAUCAAAUACCUCCGAGAAGUAUUUAUUUUUAACGUUCGAUAAAAUUAAGAUUAAGAUAUUGCUUAAUCCGCUGUUCCGCGGACGCGAUAAACGAGACAAAACGAGAGGAAGAAUGGGAAACGUAUACUGUUUUUGUGAACAGCGAUUUCUCUCUCGCGUCUCGUUAACCGAACAUAUGUACUGGACAUACGUACAACUUAUACCAAAAGGGGACAAUCAAUUUUUCAAAUAUGGUUUUACGCGACGCACGCGGUCAUCGAACACUAUGUACACGUACUCAGCUAACGUAUGCAAGUACGAUGCGUAAAACCGAGAACGUCGUGGCGACGCGCUCGUUCCAGCUAGGCUAGGAUAUAAUAUUCGGAUUGCGUACCGCGUACGCACAUUUUUUUACACUCGCGAUUACGAUCAGUCUAUCGACAUUUGUAACGAUACAAAAUCAUGCGUAUCUCAUUAAAAGUUAUAUUCUUCAUA